GCGGUGGCCCCGCGCGCCGAGAGCGGUGAGAAUCCAAUUGGAUGUGUGUGUGUGUGGGCACCCAGCUGAGAUCUUUGAAGGGAUGGCUGGCUGAGUGCUUGGUGGUUGACGUCAACAGUCAAGGGGUUUCGUUGAUGGGCAUGAGGACCUGGACCUGCCCAAUUCGAUGUGUUCAGGAAGACUUCCUUGCGGCGAGCCCGUGAAUUUGAAAGAUUCUAUGUCCACCAUGAAUGCCUCCAUUACCAGGCAUGACGAAACCCAGAAUCAGGCACUCAAAAAAAGCAUUCAGUGACAUGCCCUAGUGCUCUCCACUUUCACCAUUUCCUUGCUCUCAAGCAGAACUGGCACAAGUGGUAACACCAAAGCAGCAGGUAUCCAACUUAGAACGACGGACAGAAACAUGACCAAAUCUCGGAUCCCUCACUUGUUCACUUGCCCUGAAGAUCUCCAGAUGGUGCUGAAUAUGGCCGAUCCGGCCAUUUUGGGAACAGCGGGCAAGGAUGCGUUGCUGUGGCUCAUCGUGCAUGAGCACCAGAUCAAGGAGAUGAAGCAGCAGAUGGCCGAGAUGGCAGAGGAGAUCGUGAAGCUCAGCCGCAACGAGCCACAUAAGACCACGGCUCCGCAUGAAGCGAACGAGUCCAGGACGGAUGUUUUCUGCGAAGUGUCAGAGCUGUUGGACUUGAAGAUGAGCGUGCAGGAGCUCAAGCGGUCGAAUGAAGAAAUGGCCAGAACUCUACAUUCCUUGACGUCCGCACCUGCCGUAGAGGAGAGUCGCCUGGACCGUGUGAAAGUCGAUGUGUCCAAUAUGGCGGGCGAUGUGCUUCUGUUGGAGACUUUUCAGCUUAAACUUCCCCCAGCAAUCUUGACCACAGAGGACCUUCGCAAGAAACUGGAUUGCAAUCAUUUUGAUCGCCUUGUGAGAGGGAGUGAAGUUGUUGGGAGCAAGAUCAUGGUAGAGAACGGCUGUCCCGAAGUAAGCCUUACGCUCUUGAAGGGCAUCAAUAUCUUUGCCGGGCUCGAAGAAGAUGAGGUGAACCGCAUCCUCGGCAAGUGUGAAACCGACCCAGAUGACGAUACUAACUAUCCUGGUCACCUUAAAGGCAGCCUUUUUGUUGCAAGAGGUUUUGAAUAUGAUGAGGACAAUACAUACUUGUUUGAUAAUCCAUACAAUGGCUUUGAGCUCGUACUUCUGUGUCCUGAUGGCCGCAUUCUGGCAAAGUAUUAUUCCUGGGAAGAAGACGAGGAGGAGAUUGCGAUCAUUGCAGAAGGUAGAUUGUCGGAAGAAGACCGUGACACAGGAGUUUUACAGCUUCACUGGGAUGCUCGUGCCAUGAAGCGCCAGAAUGCUCGUGAAAGAUAUGACUCUGACUCUGACGAUGACCUGUAUGAAUGGCGAAGGCCGCGCUGGAAGCGAAUCGAGGAUUUUCCAGAUGAUUUCCCGACUGCCAGGUUUGCUAGAGGGAUUUCAGACUCGCCGUGCACCUUAUAUCCUUUCUUGAAAGAUGCAAAGACGUUUCGAACGCGUCACUUGUUCCACCUGUGGGACCUUGAAAUCAAUGACUCGAAGCACUAUUGGCCCAGUUGGCCGUUGCGGGAGGAAGACAUCGCCGAGCAGGAACCAUUCCUUGACUUGACAGAGGAGCUCUUGAUGAAGCUGGGAAUGGAUCCGGCCAAUCUACCUGCGUGGAACUGGGGACAGGACGAAUCGAGCGGGUCCAGCGGAUCCAGCGGAUCCAGCAGAUCCAGCGAGUCCUAGAACGAGGAAUCAGACGAGGGCCUCUUUGGGGCUUUUAAAGGCCGCUUUGCCCUCCAACCCAAAGAGCGAUGGCCUCCAACAUCAAAGAUGAGUUUUCACUCUGCCUCCGAAGUUGAUGCCUCCAUGGCAGUUUGUUUGCACUGAAGUGAUCCUUUGGCUGUCGGACAUCCGACAGCCAUCAAAGGCUUUCACCCAACACUCCGUUGUGAAUCUCCUUCGCAGGGGUCCAACAGUGGCGCGUCGAACACCGACGAUUGGGAUCGAUCUGAGGGGAGUACCUGGAACGUCGAGGCGACCGCCGUAGCCGUCGCAACUGAGAAGGUCGACUGAAACUCCAAUUGCCUGUCAUGUACCCAUACCAACACCUACCUGAUGCAUUGAUAUCGGCAAAGUGAUGUGGAUGCAGCCGACCAAAACACUCCGACUCGCUCACAUGGAAGUGGAUGACACACACCACCUA